AAGUCUAGCUGUCAAUAAUGGAUUCAGUCAUAAAUGACCGGAUGUAGAAAACGUCCAACUGCCAACGCUUGGAUGAAGACGCAAACCCCUAUGAUUUAGCAUCAACAAGUGGACACGUGAAAGAAUGGAAUACGAUGCUUUCGGUCCUACCGCCUCUGAUUUCCGAAUUAAUUCAGUUCGUCAUGCUUUUGCGAAUCUUCCGCGGAGGACAACGGAGAAGCCCCCAGUCAUCGAUGCUCCUAUACGAGAUUCGGUCUUUCCUACCCAUCUGUUAUUCCCAUCUUACCCUUAGGAAUCGGAUAACUUUGACUGCUCAUUGGUGGAUAGAUACACCAUGGCUCUUAUCCACGUAAUUAACCGUAAAAAUAUAGGUCGUGGCCACUGAUAUGGGAGCUGGUAGAGGUCAAGAAAGGCAUUUCUAUGCUACCAGUCGACUGUUUGUUGGACGCACUCUGGCAGCAAUGCCGACUGUGGAGCAGCCAUGACAGUACAGUAGAGAUGACGUGAAUUUCGCAGAGGUCUGCGUCUUCUGACCGGUUCGCGAGUUUGAAGAGCUAGCAUGACAAGAGGGGGAGAACGUAUCCCUGCCAAGCUGUCGUACGUACCCAUGCCCAGUAUGUUUUCCGUCGCAGUGGACGUCACCUUGAUCUUGCUGCGCCCGGCAGUCAAAUUGGCGACCGAUAACCUGGUUGCCGGUUAGCUACAUGACUGUUUAGCAUCAACUAACCAUGGGUGGCCGAACCAGAAGUUGAUAUACUUGGCAAUCAGCUGUUUGCAGCAGCAUUCCCUAUCUCAAGAAUGAGAAGCCCUCAGCAUCCAUCUUGCCUUUACCUGCAGCACUCAGUCGCACAUACUUGUAGUACAUACAGACAUGUGCAAGCAUGGAUAACAGCGAUCCUUGAUUCUGCAUGAUCUAGUGUGAUGGGUGAAACCGCUGUGGGCAGGGUUCAGGGGUGCUUAAUUGGCACCACUUUCCGCUGGAGCUACUCGUACCUAUACUCGCCCUUCUGUAGGCGAAGUCGGAACCACCGUAUUAUAAGGAACUAAUCCGUACAAAGUAUCAAAGGAUUUCAGGGAAGAAAAGAAAUGAAAAAGUAAUGAUAGCCCCCCUCAGCCGGCUGGUAGGGCCAAGCAUAUGCUGGUUUGCACCUGUGUAAACGUUA